AUGACUCCCUUGACGAUUGUUACUGAGAUGGACCUUUGCAAGAUCCCAGAACCGCCUAGCGUGGAAUGUUCAAGAGCAACGCUCACCAAGGUCGCUCGGGAGUGUUUGUACCACAGAGAGAAGAGGAUGUCCGUUGACCUGGUCCAUGAUAAAGUGGAGAAAGAUUUAAUUCAGGAGGUUGAAUCCAUCAAUGGCUGUCAGGAGAGAAUGAGAUGUUCUCUGGAUGCAGCCAAUAGCCAGCUCGCGUCCAACAGAGCAGCCGAACAUGAGUUAGAUAGAGACAUCAAUGACAAACUGAUCGCCCACAGGAUUGAUGAUAAGUGCCACUAUCUCAGAAACACCUCUGAUGGCAUCAGUUACUUCCGUGGUGUGGAGAAUAUCGAUGCAACAGUGUCAAUGCCCGAGUCCUGGGCCAAGUUUACGGACAAUAACAUCCUCCCCUCCCAGAAUGAGCGGGCUGCCUCAGCCAAGCUGCGGCAUGACAUCGAAACUCUUCUGAACACGACCUCCAACGAGAUGUGGAAUCACUUCAACAGCGUCAACGUGGCUUUUACCAACCGCAUGUCCGAGGUGGCCGAUGCCAAGAACAGGCUGCAGACGCACCUGGCUAAGACCCUGCAGGAGAUCUUCCAAACCGAAAUGCUCAUUGAGGCCCUGAAGAAGGCCAUCCGGGACAAGGAGAGCCCUCUCAAAGUGGCCCACACUCGCCUGGAUGAGCGCACAAGGAGGCCCAGUGUGGAGCUGUGCCAGGAUGCUACUCAGCUUUGGCUGGUUAGUGAAGUCCGAGAGAUUGACGAUACCAUCCAGAGACUGCGUGAAAGGCUCUAUGAGGCAGAGAAGACCCUUCAGAUGCUGGUCAACACCAAAGUGACCCUGGAGCAUGGCCUGUCCAUCAAGGCUAACUCCCUGUUCAUCGACCAUGAGAAAUGCAUGUCAAUGCGCAAGAGCUUCCCCAGCACCCCCAGGCUGGUGGGCUACACAUGAAGGAUUGCAUUCCAAAAAGGAUUGUAUUUUGAAGACAAGGCGUAUGGCAUUAAAUAUAUAGGGCACUUUCCGGCACUUUUUAUUUUAUCCCACUGCCCCCUCCCUCUCCACCCCCUGAGGUUCUUGACGGGAUUUUUACACACAGUGGUUUCCAGUGGUCACAAUGGUCACCCCUUCCACAGGGUGCAGCUAGUCCAUGAAAGCACUGCGUCACAUGAUGACUAAUUUUGACUUUUUAUGUUUACUGACAAAUUAGUAGUGAGCUGCCAUAGAUUACCCUGUAAAUUACUGUGUGUGUCUCUCUCUCUCUCUCUCUC